AUGGCAGAAACCGAAACCGAAAACGAACACACAUUACCCACAAAACGCAAGCCUGAUGACGAUCCGAUUCCAGAAAACAAUCAGGAACAAGACAAUCACUCCAACAAAUCGCAAAAACUCGAAUCUCCCACAAACAAUCCACCAAUCAUUCAAGAGAAAAACACUGAUAACGCGCAAACUCUAGAACCUUCUAUGGAUAACCAAAAUGGCACCGAAGAUGAAGAAGAAGAAGAAGAAGAUGGUGAUUAUGAGGACGAAGAAGAGAAUGGAGAGGAAGUGGUGGUGGAUAGGAAAGGGAAAGGGAUUCUGAUUGAAGAAGAUGAAGAUGAUAGUGAUGAUGAUGGUUCGAGUGGUGAUGGGAGUGAAUUGGAGGGUGGUGAUGAUAGUGAGGAGGCAGAGGAGGAUGAUCCAUUGGCUGAAGUUGAUUUGGAUAAUAUUUUGCCGUCGAGGACGCGAAGAAAAGUGGUUCAUCCUGGAGUUUAUAUUGCUAAUGAUAACCUUGCGAAUGAGGAUGAUAAUAGUGAUGACAGUGAUGCUUGA